AUGAGAAGAAGCCCACCCAAACCAUGGGAAAACAAUUCAGGUGGUGGAGGAAGUACAUCAAUGACAGGUUCAGGAGGAAUAUCAAGACCAAUGAGUGGUCCACAAAGAACUACAUCACCAGGUGGUGGUAGCAGCACCACAACUCAAACUAGCACAUUAAAUAAUACAGGUUCACCAUCAACAUCAGUAGGAGGUCCUUUGGUAACAAGACCUAGAACCCCCAUGAGACCAUGGGAGAGUGGUGGAGCAGGUUCCUCAAGUAUAGAUAGUUUUGGUGGUGGUGUCGGUGGUAGUAGUGGAUAUAGAAGUAGUUAUGGUGGCGGAUACAGAGAUUCAUAUAGUAGUGGUGGCUACGGAUCAAGUGGCUACGGCAGUAGUUAUGGUAGUGGUGGUAGUGGUGGUUAUGGUAGUAGCUUGUAUGGGGGUGGAGGUUAUAGUAGUGGUGGUUAUGGUGGUAGUGGAUAUGGCUCAAGUUAUGGUGGUGGAUAUGGUUCAAGUUAUGGUAGUGGUUAUGGUAGUAGUUAUGGUGGUAGUGGAUACGGUUCGAGUUAUGGUGGAGGUUAUGGUAGUAGUUAUGGUGGAGGAUAUGGUGGAGGAUAUGGUGGAGGAUAUGGCCAACGUGGCUACGAUAAUAUGGAUGGAAAAGGAGGAGCACUUCAAAGUGUAGUAUCGAGUGGUCAUUCUUGGAUGGAAGCAUUACAUUCAAUCGUUGACACAUUCUCCAGAUUCUCUAGAUUAUUAGAUGCAAAUUUUGAUGCAGUUCAUGGUUCAUUCUCGUCAAUCAUAAGAUUAUGCCAAAGUAUGAGUCACUUUAGUUAUGAAAUUAUGGCUAUAAUUAAAACAUAUUCAUUAUUUAGAAUGUUUCAAUCAGUUGCAUCUAGAUUUUUAAGAGUUUUUAGAUAUUUAUUAGGAAAGAAAUCAAAAAGUAACAGUAGUAAUAACAAUACAUCUUCCAAAUUUGGAAGUAAUGCAAUAACAGAGAGUUUAAGACAAGCAAAUAUGGAUGUUUCCGAUUUUAGAAAUUUUCAAAACGAAAAGAAACAAUCAGUUGGUACCUUGAUUUUAAUUAUUGCAGCAACAUUUAUAGGAGUACCAAUGGUAAUUGGUCAAUUAUUAAAUUUAAGAAGAAGAGGACAAGCAUCAAGAUUGGAUAAAGGUUGGGAAGAACAACAAGGUGGUGGUUAUGGCCAAGUAAAGGCUAUUUACGAAUUUAACCCCGAAACUACUCGUGAUUUACCAUUAAGAGUAGGCGAUAUUGUAAAUGUAAUUGACAAACCACACGAUAAUUGGUGGGUUGGAGAAUGUAAUGGUUUAAGUGGCUUCUUUCCAGUCGAUUUUACUGAAAAAAUUUCACCAAAUGAUAUCAAUAACAAUAAUAAUAACAAUAAUAAUAAUAAUAAUAAUAUUAAUACCUCUGUACAGAUUUAUGAUAAUAAUAAUGGUUUUAAUAGAAAUAAUAGUAAUAAUAAUUUAAAUAAUAGUGAAUAUUCAGAUUAUAGUAGUAGUAAUAAUAAUAAUAAUAAUAAUAAUAAUAAUAAUAAUAAUAGCAAUUAUCAACUACAAUCAAAUUUUAGUAGUAAUAACGAUGGUAUAUCAAAAAAUAUUAUCUAUAAUAAUAAUAAUGAUAAUCAAAGACCAAUUUCUCCAUCCAAAACCUCACAGCAAUUGUCUCGCUCUGAACUCAUGGAUAAACCAUAUGUGGAGGAAAGUUAA